AUGCAGGCCGUGUUCCGUGUGAUGAAUUGCUUUAUAGUGAUCCUGCUUUGCUUUUGUCCACUGGGAGAACAACUUGGAACAACUCCCAACAUUAGAGACAUUGUGAUCGGGCGAUGUUACGAUUAUAUGACUCUUAACCCAGGGACAAGGUAUGACUGUAAAGACAUCUGGUGGCACUUCGAGACCAUGAUUCUCCGUCAACCAUCUUGUAACGUGACGGUGGAGGACUAUCAUAAGAUGUUUCACCUGAUGACCCAAAACUGGCCCUGUGAUACAUCUCUGUUGUGGAGUAAAACCCGGGCUCUUGUGCACAGCUACGCCGCAGUUUUACCACAUCUCUGGACUCUGGAGGACACGCUGGUGGGAUACAUGUUCAAUGACCUCAUGUGGUGCAGGCAACACGAGGACACGGAUUUCGACUUCGGAGCAUGUCCAGAGUGGUCGUCUUGCCAAAAUCACCCUGUCUACUCCCUUUGGUUACUGGCUUCACAGAAUUUCGCAGAAAUGGCUUGCGGCAACGUCACCGUACUUCUGAACGGAUCCAUUGGUGUCGCUUUCAACAGAACGAGUAUGUUUGGAAGUGUUGAACUGGAUAGCCUCAGCCCACAAAGGGUCCAUUAUGUCAAUAUACAUGUGGUAGCCAGCCUCAUGGGACCCCAGAUAGAGUCGUGUAGCCAAGGAUCUGUCGUGGAGUUGAUUCAGAUUCUCCAGACGAGGGGGUUCCGGUGGACGUGCACGGACAAUGACCAGAUGCUGAUGAUGCUUCAAUGCAUUCAGAGCCAGGAUUCAUGCAGAGUGACAAAGCUGAAAAGCACACUAUUCACACACCUCAAUUAA